UUUUUUUGGUAUAUUUUUAUUAUUUAUUACGUUCAAAAGGACGUAAAAUUUUUUACGUUACUAUUAAUUUGAGUAAUAUUAAAUACUUUUCAUUAUUUUCAGGUAAACUACUAAAAUGGUUAAAGUAAUUGUACUAAAAUUUGUCUGUUAUGCGCUUGCGGCCUUCGCUACAGCUAAACCCUUAAGUCAUGAAGAGUCACCAAAGCCAGAAACAAAUAAUAUUGUUGAGACGCAAACGCAACUCAGGAGUUUAAAAGUAAUUCUUGGAGAACUACAUCAAGCAAUCGGAACGAUUCUUGAACACAUUGCGAUGUACGAUCAAAAAAGAUUCAACGACGAUAGCUGCAGACAAACUAACUGUAUACAAGAGUACGGCAAAAUUAAUACGGUAACCAUCAACAGUUACGAUAGAUACGGACAAACAUACUGUAUUGGUAACGGUAACGGCAACAUUAAUACGGUAACCGUCAACAACUACUGCCAUUACUAACACCACUGAUUAUUUUAUACUAAUGGUAAUUAAGCUGAUUUAUGUAUAAUUAGUGUGUAUGAUUAAAUAAAUGUUAUAAAACAUU